CAGCCAAACAUUCAGGAGAGAGGGUAGGCUAGCCUGAAUGGGACUUUCGAGAUCUUAUCACUAUUAUCAAUGCCACAACAACCGCGCCGUAUAUCGGUGUGAGGUAACCGCAGGCUAGCCUGAAGGGGACUCUCGAGAUCUUAAGCACUAUUAUCAAUGCCACAACAACCGCAGCGUAGAUCGGUGUGAGGUAACCGGGACCUACUUGCUUUUCUAGCAGCCUUCAGGAUGCUGACCAUCAAUAGGCUGCUCCUGCUAGCUGCUCCAUGCACCUGGGCUCUUGCAUCAGCAGUGCCCGUUCUGGAGGCGACCUUUGCAAACCUGGGGUUCACAUUCAUCGCGAUUCUUGUCGCCUACUGGUCUCUAUGGCACUGUAGGCGGCUGUUCUUCAACGAACUGGUCAGUCACAAAGGGAAGGCUGUGCUCAUCACAGGUUGUGAUACGGGCUUUGGACACUUGCUCGCUGAACGACUAGCCAAAGAUGGUUUUAUUGUAUUUGCUGGUUGCCUGGAUGCCUCGGGCACAGGCGCCAGGUUACUCAAAGAAGAAACCAACAUCCAUGUGCUUCAGAUGAAUGUCACCAAGCAGGAAGAUAUUGAUGCUGCAGCCGAAAUCGUGGAAAAGACCCUAGACAACAAAGUGUUGUAUGCAGUGGUUUGCAACGCCGGUGUGGGAAGUAUCGGCUACAUAGGCCUGCAACCCCUAAGUCGCGUGCGGCAAGUCUUCGAAGUCAACACCUUUGGUGUGGUAGCUGUCUCAUGCGCUUUCCUUCCGCUGCUGAAGGAGUCGCGAGGAAGGCUUGUCAUCGUCUCAAGCUUGCUGGCAAGGUUAUCUGUACCAGAGUGCUUGGCGUAUUGCAUAUCCAAGCGGGCCUCCAUAUCCCUGGCCGAUGGGCUCCGCCAGCAGUUCUACUCCAAGGGUGUCCACGUCUGCACCGUUGAACCGACGGGUUACAGGACUCCCGUGGCCGAUCACGCCGUACUGGAAAAAGUAAUGGACGCCGACCUGCAGCAGCUGCCUGAAAAGACGCGCUCAACGAUCGACGAGCGGUUCGUGCAGCGUCUAAAAAGUAGAACGCGAGUCCUCUUGUCGUGGUUUCUUCGGAAUGACUGCAGGGAAGCCGUUGACGUCAUCAGGAGGGCCACGCUUGAUCGGUUGCCCAAGGCACACUACACUGCUGGUGGCAUAGUGGACCACAUAUACCGGCUGUUGAUCGACCUGCUUCCGGCUGAAAUGAUGGACGAAGCACUGCAUAUCAUGAGAUCAGUGGCAACGCUUUUCGGGAGUAGGACACAAUGAUUGAAUAUAACGUUCUUUUUGUUGUUAGCUG